AUGCCAGCCCAUCUGGCAAUACAAGUCUCACUGCAGUCUGGGCUUCACAUCGAAAUAGAGAGCGCAGCGCUCGCUAUAUUGUGCAAUCCGAUGCCGUCCAGUACGAUGCCUUCGAGGGCGUGGCGUUGUUCCCCACCCUACCCCAUCCCUUACCUUACGAGACCGAACAGUUUCGGAGGCUCUGUUCUCAACAACUAUUGA